AUGGUAUCGAAGACAGCUCUUAAAGCGAGGAAAAAAAUCGGCUUUGUGGAUGGGACUCUCAAAACUCCAGAUGAAGCUGAUCCAAGUUAUCAAGAUUGGAUACAAGUUGAUAGCUUGGUGAAGACCUGGAUCACCAAUUGUGUCUCACCAGACAUUAUGGUGAGUGUCUCCACUGCAAGGAAGUCGCAUGAGCUGUGGACAUACCUCAAAAACAGGUAUUCCGCUGCUAACCCAACCAGAGAUUUUGAGCUAACACAUGCUAUUUCAACAAUUAAGCAGGCAGACUCACCUGUAACUGAGUAUUAUGCAAGGAUCAAAUCACUCUGGGAUGAGUUAUAUCAGUACAAACAACUACCCGUAUGUAGAUGUGGAAGCUGCAAAUGUGGUGUUGAUAAAAUUUCUAUGGCUCAACAAAACAAGGAGAAGCCGUUACAAUUUCUCAUGGGUCUGGAUGAUCAUUAUGAACAUGUCACAAACCAAAUUCUUCUUAUGGAUCCACUGCCAGAUGUGAAUAAGGCUUUUGCACAGAUUGGUCAAGUGGAAAGAAAACAAAUUGUCAAUCAAAGCACCAAGAAGAAUCUCAUUCAGAAGGAUUCUGAGGUUCAAGAGCAGAUGGUGAUGCAAGUCACUUCUCAACCUGUAGGAAAAAAUCGUUUCAAUGGAGCAAGAAAUUCAAAAAGGAACAACAAUGAGAAGCUCUUCUGCAAGUAUUGCAAGAAGACAAACCACACAGUGGAUAAGUGUUUCAAAUUAGUAGGAUACCCUGCGGAUUAUGAAUUUACAAACAAAAGGCAGAAGCAAGGAGGUUCAAACUUUAAUGAGAAAAGAGGAGCAUACACUGCAAAUCAAGUGGAUGCAAGCAUACAAAGCCAGCAAAGCAACUCUAAUCAAUUGUCUAAUGAUCAGUGUCAACAGCUUAUAACCUAUUUGAAGUGUGCAUGGUUGAUUAUUUGCAAGCAUCAUAUAAAUUCGUUUGUUACAUUGCCAAAUGGAACAAAACAUAAAGUCAGCCAUAUAGGACAGAUGCAUGAUUUAAUCACUUUGAAGAAAAUUGGGAUGGGAGUCAUGCAUGAGGGACUAUAUCAACUUUUGGAAGAGUUGAAACCUGAGAAGAAAAUUGAUGGAUUGGUUAAUGCAACUCUGACAGAUUUUGUAUGGCAUAAGAGAUUGGGACAUCCAUCUCCUAAGGUUGUGAUGUUUGUCCCCUAG